CGUCGAAAUUAUGGGAAGGCGCCCCGAUUCACUAUACCCCCACUACGCAAACUGUCGCUGAAGGCAGGGAAUAGCUAUUAUGAAGGUCGAUAUCAGAAUGCUUGCGGCGGAUGCGCUGAGGCAAAGUGGAACCGAUGAGCUUUUUGUUCGUUAUGAGGGUCUUUUUACGGAGGUGUGCGCGCGCUGGAUUCAGAGCGGGGUGGAGACUGAGGAGAAGAUUGCGGCGUUUGGACGGGUGUUGCCUUUUGCGCCGCAUCUUGCAGAGCAUGUGGAACGCUUUCUUGCCCGCAUUUCAAAGAGCCUGAUUAUCGGAUCGCAGGCGUCUGGGGAUGUGCCGCCUCUUACCGCUGAGGCGGGUUUGCUGGACCUUUUGCUUGGAACCUUUCGACUUCUUAGCCACGACUGCAAGACUUUUGCUCGCUUUGUACGACCGCUUGCGCUGGAGGGCUUGUUUCACCAUUCGAGUCGCCCUGUGAGAUAUCUGGCUGUUAGGACGUUUUGUCUGUAUGUUCAUGCGGCGGAUCGGGCGACGCAGGAGAUGGUCAAGAGAUGUGUUGGGGAGGGAGAGGUUGAGGGACGAUGGGAGGGGAAGGUCAUUGACUACCGGUUCUUGUCGUUGUGGGAAGAGAAGAGGUGGAAAGAGUUGCGGUUGCAGUUGCAGCAGAAGCAGUCAGAGGAAGCCGAGUCUAUCCCGCAAUCUGUGUACCAGGAACUUUCACCAUACACAGUCAACGUCAACAGCAUCCUGCUACCUCGAUUAGAUGGAGCGCCAUCGCAGGAGAGUCCUUCUCAGCUCAUCUCGACAGCCACGACGGAGGCGAAUCUGACGAACAUUGCCUGCGGACUCCUCGGAUCUAGUCCUAUCUUGCUUACUGGACUGGCUGGCUCAGGAAAGACACUUCUGACACGGCAUUUCGCAUGGCAGCUCAACAAGCUCGACAAGAUGGUCACUCUACACCUCAACGAACAAAGCGACGCCAAGCUACUGAUUGGCAUGUACGCGACAGGAGCGAAACCUGGAACAUUCAGUUGGCGUCCCGGAGUGCUCACAACAGCAGUAAGAGAAGGAAGAUGGAUUUUCAUCGAGGAUCUGGACAGAGCGCCGAACGAAGUCAUCAGCACACUUUUGCCACUCAUCGAGCGUGGCGAACUGCUCAUCCCGAGUCGAGGAGAGACAAUCCGAGCGGCAAGAGGUUUCCGCAUCAUUGCCACAAUGCGAAGCACGCUCAACCCGAGAGGACAGGAAAUCGUGCCCCGUCAGAACAUGAUCGGACACAGAUUUUGGAACUCGAUUACAGUGCAGAUGCCCCAACUCGAAGAGUUUCAACAAAUUAUCUCUGCUACCUAUCCGGCGCUGCAGAAACACCUGUCUGGGAUCAUGAGAGUUUACUCACGAUUGUUGGAACUUUACUCUGAUGCCAAGUUUUCCUCCGAGAACGGCACAUCGCUUCGAGCUAUGACACCGAGAGAUCUGCUCAAAUGGUGUGACAGAAUCGCUGUGCUUCUUGCGCAGACUUCUACUUUCAGCCCCGCACAGGCGGACGACAUCUUCAUGGAGGCGUUUGACUGCUUCGCCGGUAGUCUGCGCACUGAGAUUGCACGACAUAAGGUCAUGGCGUGUAUAGCUGAAGAGCUGCACAUUGACCCUCAACGACGAGACCAUCUGCUCCGGAAUCGCACAGUGAAGCUCGAAGUACCGUCCAAGACCAACGCAUCUGGAACGAUCCGGAUAGGAAGAGCGAGGCUUUCGAAGCACAAGUCCUCCAAGCGAUUAGUGUCCAGCCGGCCAUUCUCUACCAACGACUACACUUUGCGUUUGCUCGAGAAGAUCGCAGUGGCAGUGGAUCGACAAGAACCGCUUCUGCUUGUUGGUGAGACUGGUACUGGAAAGACGACAUGCAUUCAGUAUCUGGCUGAGCAACUCGGUCGCAAGAUGGUUGCUUUCAACUUGUCCCAGCAAAGCGAAAGUGGCGAUUUGCUUGGUGGCUUCAAGCCAGUCAACGUUCGCAGCCUAGUAAUCCCGCUGAAAGACGAAUUCGAUGACCUGUUCGACACCACAUUCUCAAGAAAGAAGAACCAACGCUUUAUGGAGAUGCUCGGCAAGCGAGUUGCAAAGGGCGAGUGGAAGCGCGUUUGCACACUCUGGCGAGAGGCGUUAAAGAUGGUGGAUGCUGCGCGCAAAACACACGAAUCCCAGACUUCAUCGCCUGAUCCUGACGGUGGCCAGCCUAAGAAGAAGCGAAAGAUGGAUUCGUUGCCAGUCAACUUUCCCACGGCAAGAUGGGAAAAAUUCGCUACGGAUCUUCAUGAUUUGGAGGCUCAGCUUGCUAGCGGCUCCGAGGCCUUCGCUUUCUCGUUCUUGGAAGGUAAUAUUGUUAAGGCGGUCAGGAACGGUGACUGGGUGCUUCUCGACGAAAUCAACUUGGCAUCUUCGGACACGCUGGAAGCACUGACAGAUCUUCUGGGUGGAGGGCCCGACGGCAAUCCUUCGAUUCUGCUUACAGAGACCGGAAACGUUGAGCGAGUCGUCGCUCAUCCGAACUUCAGGGUUUUCGCUGCCAUGAAUCCCGCGACUGAUGUUGGCAAGAAGGAUCUUCCCCCUGGAAUUCGUUCAAGGUUCACUGAGCUAUACGUUGAAAGCCCCGAUGGCGAUGAGAAGAGCUUGCGCAACAUUGUCGAGAAGUACUUGGGCGGUGACGGCACAGAUCCAGCAAUUGCAAGAAUAGCGCGCGAUGUUACUAGUCUCUACCUCGAGAUUCAGCAGCUCGCGAAGGCGAAUAUGCUUGUCGAUGGUGCAGAUCAGAAAGCACAUUUCAGUUUGCGAACAUUGACAAGAACUCUUUCGUAUGCUAGGGAGAUUGCACCUCUGUGCAGUCUUCGGCGAGCACUCUUUGAAGGUUUCCACAUGAGCUUUUUGACAUUUCUGGGCAAAGUGUCGGAAGAUCUCGUUUCUCCACUCAUCACUAAGCAUCUGUUUCCUCAGAGAGCGGUCAUGAAAGCAGAGCUCGGCAAACCACUUCAACAACCUGCCGACGGACGUGGCUACGUGAGACAAGGCCACUAUUGGCUUCGACAAGGUGUACAAGCUGUGGAAGAACAACCUCAUUACAUCAUCACACCUUUUGUCCAGCGGAACAUGAACAACCUCAUCCGAGCUGCAUCGACACGCCGAUAUCCUGUCCUCAUCCAGGGCCCGACUUCGUCUGGUAAGACGAGUAUGAUUGAGUAUCUUGCGAAGAAGUCUGGGAACAAGUUUGUUCGUAUCAACAACCACGAGCACACCGAUUUACAGGAGUAUCUUGGCUCGUACAUUUCCGGAGCCGACGGGAAACUCACAUUCCAGGAGGGUAUCCUUGUACGCGCGCUGCGAGAGGGACACUGGAUUGUGCUCGACGAACUCAAUCUUGCGCCUACAGACGUACUCGAAGCACUCAAUCGCCUUUUAGAUGAUAACCGAGAACUCCUCAUUCCGGAAACGCAAGAAGUAGUUCGUCCUCACGAUGACUUCAUGCUCUUCGCCACACAGAACCCUGCCGGUCUCUACGGUGGCCGAAAAGUACUAUCACGAGCUUUCCGCAAUCGUUUCCUCGAGCUGCACUUCGACGACAUACCAGUGGAGGAACUGACUGAAAUUCUGCAUCGCCGCACCAUGAUUCCUGAAACGUGGUGUAAGCGCAUUGUGAAAGUGUACCAGGAGCUUUCUACACUUCGACAGGAAAACCGCAUCUUCGAACAGAAGAGUUUUGCGACGCUCAGAGAUCUGUUCAGAUGGGCGCAGCGCAAGGCAGAUACGAUACAGGACCUUGCGAACAAUGGCUACAUGCUUCUUGCAGAACGUGUGCGUAAAGAGGAAGAACGUGUUGCGGUCAAGAAGGUCAUGGAGAGUGUCAUGAGCAAGAAUGGGCCCAAGGUUACGAUCGAUGAGGAGCAGAUGUUCAGCGAAGACAACUGGUCUGCUAUCAAGCAGCUGAGUAAGGAGACCACUGGUGCUAAUGCCGGCGUUGUUUGGACCCGUGCUAUGCGGAGACUCUUCGUGCUUGUAGCUCACGCCAUUCGUAACAACGAGCCUGUUCUGCUUGUCGGAGAGACGGGUUGCGGAAAGACCACAGUGUGUCAGAUGCUGGCGGAUGCGUAUGAGAACCAACUGCAUAUCCUGAACGCCCAUCAGAACACUGAGACGGGUGAUUUGAUUGGUGCCCAACGACCUAUUCGAAACCGAGCGGCUAUCGAGGACUUGUUGAGACAGCAGCUUCUUCAGGUCAUAGGGGAUGUGAGGGGAGAAAUCGAUCCUGCUACUGCCUCUGCUAUGGACUCGGACCACUUGUUUGCAUUGUACGACGCGAUUGUUAAGGAGAACCCCGAGGCGAUACCAAUCGACCAUCGCGAGGCCAUACAUGUCAACCGCAUCAAGGCCGCCGCAUUGUUCGAAUGGGCAGAUGGAAGCCUUGUGCACGCUAUGAAACAGGGUCACUAUUUCCUCCUUGAUGAGAUAUCACUCGCGGACGACUCGGUUCUCGAGCGCCUGAACAGUGUGCUUGAGUCCUCCCGCACACUCCUGCUUGCGGAGAAGGGCCCCGUUGAUUCCCAGAUCACCGCUCGUGAAGGCUUCCAAUUUCUUGCAACCAUGAACCCUGGUGGAGACUACGGCAAGAAGGAGCUCUCACUGGCGCUCCGCAAUCGAUUUACGGAGAUUUGGGUCCCCGCAAUGUCUGACUUGGAGGAUGUCUUGCAGAUUGUGCGAUCCAAGCUGAAGCCAGAGGUCGCACAGUACGCCGGGGCUAUCGUCUCGUUUUCGCAGUGGUUCAAUGAGAAGUACAACACUUCGGUUGCCUCGUCCAUUUCGAUACGAGACACAUUGGCUUGGGUCACGUUUGUCAACAACUCCAUCAACAACGACCCAGUCUUUGGUAUCGUACAUGGCGCAGCUAUGGUCUUCAUUGACACGCUCGGUGCAAACCCAGCAGGCCUGCUUGCAAUCUCGCCCACGUCGAUUGACGAAGAACGGAAAGCGUGUCUGCACCACCUCAGCAAGUUACUCGGUCAAGACGUCGCGCCGCUCUACUUUGGUACAGUGGACCUCACCAGCACCGAUCAGUCGUUCCAGCUCGGUUCGUUCUCCAUCCCCAAGUUCUCGUCUGCCGCAACAGAAACAUCGAACUUUUCACUUGAAGCUCCUACAACACGAUCCAAUGCUAUGCGAGUAGUCCGCGCACUGCAACUUGCAAAGCCAAUCUUACUGGAAGGUAACCCCGGUGUUGGCAAAACUACUCUCGUCACCGCACUCGCAAAGGCUAUCGGCAAACCUUUGACGAGACUAAAUCUCUCCGAGCAAACAGAUCUUAUGGAUCUCUUCGGAUCCGAUGUCCCGGUCGAAGGCGGCGCCGCGGGUACAUUUGCCUGGCGCGACGCUCCGUUCCUAAAGGCUAUGAAGAACGGUGACUGGGUUCUGCUCGACGAAAUGAAUUUGGCAUCGCAAUCCGUUCUCGAAGGUCUUAACGCAGUUCUCGAUCAUCGUGGAGAAGUAUACAUCUCCGAGCUGGACCAGACUUUCCACAAGCACCAGGACUUCCGUGUCUUUGCUGCGCAGAACCCGCAUCACCAGGGAGGCGGGCGAAAAGGCUUGCCUGCCAGUUUUGUCAAUCGUUUUACGGUCGUGUAUGCGGAUGUUUUUCGUCCCGACGAUCUUACACUCAUCUGCCACAAAGUUUUCCCGGGCAUUGAGGAGGCGGAGGUCACCAAACUGAUUGGCUUCGUGGCUGAGCUAGACGAGCAGGUCGUGAGCCGCCGCGCUUUUGGCAGCUUGGAUCAAUUCUCCGGUUCUGCAAGAGACUUCCUAGACACGAUUUUCGUACAGCGUUUCCGCGCUGAAACUGACCGUAAUCGCCUCCUCAAACUGUUCGAGAGUCUGUACGGUGCUCAUGAACCACGCGUGAGCCUCUACCAUAAUAUCAGCACAGAAGCGUUCCAGGUCGGUCUUGGGUUGCUUCCGCGAGACACUGCGGUUACACGCCCAGAUGCUGUCUCGACUCUUAAGAUUUCGCAACUAGGACCCAUGGAAGCUCUGCUCGUCAGUGUCAAGCAGAAUUGGCCGAUCAUUCUGGUUGGGCCGCCUGGUUCUGGGAAGACGGCCAUGAUCAACCAACUUUCUUCGUUUGUUGGAGCCGAGCUCGUUACGUUCUCCAUGAACGCGGAUGUCGAUGCCAUGGAUCUUGUCGGCGGAUACGAGCAGGUCGACCCCAACCGUGAGGUGCACCGAUUCAUGGAACGACUGGAGGAGUUUGUGCGCCGCAAGAUUGCUUUGUUGGAGAAGCCAGUAUCAAGCUAUGUCAAGCUGCUCGAGCAUAUUCAGUCGGAUGAUGCGCCGCUCACUGAGAACUUGUACUCGCUCCUCGAAACCAUUGCUCGGUCUGACUCCGGUGCCGCCACACUCCUCCAAGAAAUGCAGAUUCUUUCUCAAUUUGCCAAUCAACAAAUCGACGGCGCUCGCUUCCAAUGGGUCGAUGGUAUCCUCAUCCGUGCGCUCGAGCAGGGCAAAUGGCUUGUUCUCGACAACGCGAAUCUCUGCUCCAGCGCUGUUCUCGAUCGUUUGAACUCGCUGCUUGAGCCUAAUGGCUAUCUCUCCAUCAACGAACACUCCACGGCUGAUGGCGAGGCAAGGAUCGUCCAGCCACAUCCUGACUUUAGGAUCUUCAUGACCAUGGAUCCCAGAUUUGGUGAGCUGUCGAGAGCUAUGCGAAACAGGGCUGUUGAGAUUUGCUUGCUCGAUGGAUCGCAUGUCGUUGGACCUGAACAGAUGGCCGAGUACCCCCUUGAGUCGGGAAUGUAUCGGUUCCGCCAGUUCCAAGAACACGGAGCGUACGUGGGCGAGACGAUGGAGGCACGGUUCGAGAACUUGUCCGUCAGUGACAAUGAGUUGAUGAAGAGCUUUGCGAAGCAAGCUCAACAAGGCCUCAUACCUCAGGAUACGCCCCCACAUACGAACGGCUUCGAGAAUGCGGAUGCUAUGCAGGUUGUGUCAACGAGCUCGGCGCCGCAUGUGUUCGAUGAAAAACUCGCACAUUUCUCGCAGUUUCUGAGCAACGCAUGGGCUCCGCAAGCACAGCAGUUCCAACAACUGUUCGGAUGGGACGCUCUCGCUCAGCUUGUGCCUUACCACCCGCUCGGCAACGAACUCUGCAUCAAUCGCAAUCCUGCGUCCCAGUCGCUUUCUCUUUGGUACGCAUCCAUGUAUGAACUCAUACUGGAUCUGUACAACAUGCAGCAAGCAUUCCAGACGCUGCCAUCCGCCAAGUUCGAGCGUCGGAAAGAAAAGCAGAAACUGCCCGUGUUCCUGCAUGCCUACUGGCAGGGACUAGUGAAGUUAGUGGAAGGUCUCUGGACUGCUCAUCGAGAAGGCCAGCAACUCGAGACUUCGUUCCUCAAGCCUUUGCGGACGUUGUUUUGGGCUUUCUUCGCGCUCGCCAACGGAUCGACAUUUGACCGUGCGACGUUCCAGACAUAUCUCAAGAUGCUGACGUCUGCUGUCACGACAACUACUCAGCAGCCAACUCCCUUGUUGCAGGAUUUGAGCACAACGCUCUCCAAGCAGAUCGCUGUUUUCGGCUCUCAUGUUCAGCUCACAACAGGAUUGGGCAUGGAGCGUAUCUGGCGCCCGUUCAAGCCCGCUACUCCGAAAUCCGUGGUCCAACUCAAAGCUGUUCUGGACCUAGAGGCUCUUGCUGACAGGCUCGAUGCCAUCAUGUGGAAGUCGAAUCUCAGAAUCGACGAGAUGGUGCAAAUUCGAGAGCGAGUCGCAAGCUCUCUGGAGCUUGUUCGGAGAGAAGACGUCGAUGCUGAUGAACUUCUCAAGAGUCUCGAUGGCGCUAUUCAGGAACUCGAGCAGGGUAUCGGCGAAGACGACGCCGUUAUUACACCAUACUUCGAAGAUGAGUUUGAAGGCCUUUGCCAGUUCCUCGACGUUGCGUUCAACGAUCAGCCGGCCCUGAGACAACUAUAUAUUGCGCCUCCGCCUGCUCUGGUGGCGGCCCGAGCUAAAUCAGCGCUUUUUGCGCGACGACCUACUAAGAUUUCGACGGUGGCUGUUGGGAGAGUGGACGAGCCUACCGACUUCUUUGCUAAGUUGUACCGACACAAUGGCUUGGAGAAGGAAUCGGCGAACCCAAUGAUCUUACAAGGGCAAUUCCACAGUGCCAUGUUCGCCAAACUGCACGGUGCUGAUGAAGUGCAGCUUGCGCAGCUUGACCGCUUCGAAGCGGAGCUGCAGGUUCUUUCCCAACAAGUCACGCUCGACGCCGACCGUAUCACGCAGGACCAGUACGAGGCGCUGAAUGAGCUCUACAGAAGCGUGUAUGGUCAGGUCUACGCAUCGCAUACCGUGGAUAUUGUCCAGUCGGUUGAUGAGAAGCAAGUUACGUUCCAUCCCGAUGCGCCCAUCACGACUGCGUAUCGUUCGACUCUCCAAGAACCACUGAGGAAAUGCUACCCCCUUGCAGAUAACAUCGAUGCGAAAGCGUGGGUUCAGCUCGGCAUACUAGGCCUCAGCUUGUACGUGCCGAACUAUCCGCACGAUCCUGCGCUCAGGCCGAUGAUCGAGCGCAAGAUGUUCAACGAGGAGAAGCAGAGCCUACUGCAAGCGAUGGACUCGUUGAGGCGAUUCCAACUCGACUUCUCCGGCGAAGACACCAGUUUCCGCAUUCGACAGGUGGAGGAGGCGGUGCAGAUGAUGGGCGAGGAACCGCCUGUGCCUGCUAUUGUUCGCCCUGAAGUCUCGCAGUUGGAUGACUUGCAAGGUGAAUUUACCAACUUACUCAGUGUCAUUCAGCCACUGCUCAACGGAUCGAUGACGGCUGAGGAAGCUGCGCAAGACGUUACGCUACAACAAAAUGUGCUCCGUAUCAUCCAACGACUUACGGAGGGAUACCGUGCGUACGAUGACAUCACUGAUACUGUGGUGGGCUUCCUUGUCUGCCUCAACAUUGGCCUGUUGCUUGGCAAGAAAGAACAACAGGACAGAGAGCAGGGUGCUGUGAGCAGGAGUCUGGCGUAUGUCGGUCAGGAGACUCCGUUCUUCGGCCUACAUGAUCAAAAGUCUAUCGUAAAGUCAGACGUUUUCUUGCAGGAGUUUGAGCAGGCUCUGCAUCAAGGCCAUGCCAUCGACCUUCGCUGGCAUGCAUUGCACUCGCUAUCAAUCAUCAAGAGCACCGACCCGGUAGCGGCGUCUAGCUCUGCAGCGAGAGGCUUACUGCACAACAUCUUCACUAGUUUCUACGGCGAGUGGAAGACCAAGCUACUCCAGGACCAACAAAACGAGGCUUUGAACCACAGUCUGUACACGUACAAGGGUGUGGAGGAUGAGGGCGAUGAGGAAGAUCCGAGCUUGUUCCCCGACUACGAAAAGGAACAGGAGGAGGAUAGCAAGCCAGAUCCAUCCUCAAACUCUCGCGAUCAUGCGAUCCGUCUUGCGAAUAUCCACGCCCAACUUUUCCUUCAUGGUCGAGAAGCUUCCGAGUCAGUCAAGGCGUUGCUCGAAUGGAGUGCUGCGCAGAUCAAUCGGGCGUCUGAAGGCAAGAGCUACGGAACGAAGCACGAGAAUGCUCUGCCUGCUAUCUACCUCGCACUGGAGAAGAAAAUCGACGCGCUGUCUACAUCUGGUACUGGAAGGACCUACAACUUCUACUUCGACGCCAAUCUGCCUGAGGGCAAGCGUCUUAUUACGCUCAUCCACCGCGUACAAGUCCGCUACCGCCAAAUUCGCAACGUCUGGCCGGAACAUGCUACCCUUUCGGAAGUCCUACGCACUUGUGACGAAGCCCUUGCAUUCCGCCACGUCGACCCGGUGGCCAAGUUCAUCACCAAAGCUGAGAAACUACACUCGUACAUGCAUGAGUGGCAGAAGGUGGCGAGCAAAGAAUACAGCACGGCCAAUUUGUACGAUGACCUGACGCGGCUGCUUGUUAGCUGGCGACAAGUUGAGCUGACGACGUGGGCCCGGUUGUUCGACCUGGAGAUGGAGAAGAGUCGCGAUAAUGCCAAGAGCUGGUUCUUCGUCGCGUAUGAGACGAUUAUCGCGGCUUCAGAGAGCAUUGAUGAUGAGAGUGAGAUGAAGGUUCAUGCCAAGAACUUGCUAAAGACGCUUGAGAGCUUUUUCGAGAACACUACGCUGGGACAGUAUGAACAACGCAUUGCCCUGCUCAAACAACUCCGUCAACAAGCUGCGAUGCGCAUGCAAGACGUGGAAAUCUUCCAGAUUGUGCAUGAUGCACUCGACAACUUCAUCGCAUAUUUCUCGCGUCUCGAGAAGCCAGUCCAUGAGGCGAUUGCGAAGGGCCGAGAGAAGUUGGAGAAGGAGGUCAAUAAUGUUAUCAAGCUUGCGAGCUGGAAGGAUACGAAUAUCGAUGCGCUCAAACAGAGUGCGAAGACGAGCCAUCGGAAGCUGAGCAAGUGGGUUAGGAAGUUCAGGGGUGUGCUCAAUCAGCCGGUCUCGGGGAUCUCGAGGAGUGGGUUCCCGGAUGAGGUCCAACUUGCUCGCGAUAUCACGAUGGAGACUGUUAACACGAUUAUCGAUUCUGAUGUGCUUGAGUUCUGCAAUGAUAGCGUUCCUGGAUGGACCGACCGCCCGACACGAUUCAAGAACCUCGGUGUUACGGUAAACAUGAUGCGCAACUUGUCUUCGCCGAGCGUUGCCAGCGUCGAUGGCGCGUCGUACAUCGACACGUUCAUCACGGAUCUAGAGAUCUCCAUCAAAGAACUGCAGAAAGCCACACCAUCUACACUCACAGAAGAGAACAAAGAGGAUGUUCAGCACCUCAAGACCCAGAAGCGAAAACUCUACGCCGAUACGAUGAAAGAGCUACGCCUGAUGGGCAUCAAGUCAAACCUCAGUGUCGAUACUCUGGUCAAACAGGAUGAGCUUUCGACGAUUCUUUCCACCAUGCCUUUGAUUGGAGAGGGGUGUGGGCGCACCGCAGAACUUCAUCUGCACAAGGCGCUCAAUGCUAUGUCCCAGGUUCGAGCCGUGACGAAAGAGCAUUCGGGAGAUCUGACAGCGAACGACGUGGCAAAGAGUAUCGGGUACAUUGAGGGACUUCUGCACGCCUCUAUCCGACAGAGGAAUGUGCUGAGUAAAGCUGCAAUGAACCUGAAGGUUGUACAAGCACCUGUGGCGGUAGUGGCGAAUCUCUGCCAGCUUGCGAACGGUCAACUUGCCUGGGCUUCAGAAGAACAAGUCGAGGUGACGAAAUCGUUACAGCCUAGUCUGAGGUGGCUUGUUGCUAUGCUCAAGACUGCUACGGAUAUCGUCUCCGCACAGGCUAAGCUGGGCAAGACGAAUGGGCUCGAUGCCCUACUUCGGGGAAUGCGGGAGUGGACCAACAAGUUGCAAGACCAGGCGGAUGAGUUCGACAGGCUGCCUGAGCUACCUGUUAAUACUCAAUCCGAAGCACAUCACAUCCUAACUGAGUCUGUCAAGGCUAGUAUUUCGGACUUCCGGACCAUCUUCCAGGACUGGAUCGCCAACAACGACAUCUCAAGGACGGUACUCAAGCAUCUCCAGCCAUUUGUCUUCCAGUAUCCCGAGGUACAAGUCACCAGCUUCUCAGAGGAGCUGCGGCUUACGCUUGAGGACUCUUCGAGGGAUAUCUUCGGUGCUCUCGACUCAAUCCUAGGCUCAAUGCAGGAUGUUGAAUCCGCGUUGAAGGAGGUCCCAUCUUCGACUGACGACUCGAUCUGGAUGGCGAAGGAAGAGCAGGCACUCUCUGCUGCCAUCACCGCUCUCCACGCCCCGCAGAUCAGUGACACGGUGCAGACAAUCUUGAACAGCGUCCAGCGUCUUUACGAGAAUGAAAAGUUGUCCGCUGUUGCUGCUUUGUUCGCGUCCAUCCAGCCUAUUCUAACCCAGUACGUUGCGUCGCAUAAGUACCUGCUCGACCGCUUCGACGCGCUGCAUGCGUCGACUGCAAAGCUCCUCCAUCGCUUGUCGAAAUCGUUCAUUCAAAUCGGUACUCAGGGCUUUUGCCAGCCUCCUGAGAAAUCACCAGACAACAAGCAAGGUCAGGAUGAGAAACUGGAAUCCGGUACCGGCCUUGGUGAGGGUGAGGGCGCGGAAGAUAUCUCGAAGGAUAUUGAAGAUGAUGAGGAUUUGGAGGAACUGGCGCAAGAGCAGAAGGGAGAGCGCGAGGGCAGUAUCGAAGAGGAAGACGAUGCUGUGGAUAUGGGCGAGCAAGAUAUGGAGGGUGAAACUGAGGAGGUUGGCGAGAAAGAAGACAAAGGUGAUGAGGAGGGAGAUGAAGGUGAGGAUGACGUGCAGAGUGAGGUGGGGAGUGUUGAUGAUCUCGGGCCGAGCGCGGUUGAUGAGAAGAUGUGGGAUGAGGGCGGGAAAGAAGAAGACGAUGCGAAGGAUAAGGAGGGGAAGCAAGAUGUUGGAACGGAGGAUAAGGAGGAGCAGGUUGCGAAUGAUAGCGAGCAGAAGGAGAAGGAGAAGGAAGAAGGUGAAGAUGGCGAGAAAGAAGAUAAGCAGGGUGCUGAGGAGGAUGAGGAUAUGGAGAUGGAGGGUGAGGAUCAAGAGGAGAAUGUCGGCAAGGGUGAGACUGAGCAGAUGGAUCCGCAUGCCAAGGAAGAAGAGGCGCUUGAGUUGCCGGAGGAUCUCAACAUCGAUGGUCAGGAUGAAGAUGAGAAGGAGCCUGAUGAUCUUGGUGAUAUGGAUAUGGGCGACGAUUUGCCGGAAGACGAGAUGGAUGAUCAAACCGACGCGGGCGCUGAGCCUGACACCGUGGACGACGAGAUUGGUCCUGAACAAGAAGGUGAAGAAGAGAAGGACACCACCGGCCAUGUCGAAGACGAGGAGCAGCCGCCUGAAGACCAAGAGCAAGAAGGCGAAGAGCCUAUGGAAGAUGAUGCGGUUCCUCUGCCUGACGAGAACAUGCCGGACGACGAGCCUCGCGACAACAAAGACACUGAUCAGGCCGACCCGAACGCGGAAGCUGGAGCGGGUACUGAGGCAAACGAGGAAGCUCACAAGAACAAAAACGAGCAAGCCUCUGCCAGCGCUGCCAAUCGCGAUGAAGGUCAGGAGGGCGAGUCAUCCGAGAAGCAAGAGAACACCGCCGAAGAUGGCACUCUUGGACAGACAACUCAACCCGACGCUGGCGGCCGCAGUGAACAGAAGGAAGAAGAGUCCCGCGAGAAUCAGUCAUUCAAGAAGCUGGGCGAUGUGCUCGAGAAGUGGUACAACCAGCAGAAGCAGAUUUCCGAAGCUCGCGAAAAGGACGAGACCCAGGUCCAGCAGAUUGAUAAAGAAGUCGAUAUGGCCGAUGCUGACUUUGAGCACCUUCCCGACGAGGAUACGCAGGCUGAUACGCAGGCCUUGGGUACGGCGACUGAAGAGCAAGCUAAAGCGCUGGAUCAUGAUAUGGCUAUGCCGGUUAAUGAUGACGAGGAAAAGAUGCCUACUCGUCCCGAAGACAACGAUCAGGAAAUGGCGGAUGCUGAGCAGGACAUCGAUAUGCAGGAUGGGGAGCAACCUCAAGAGGAGCGAGAGGAGCAGCAACCGCAGGCCAACACUACGGACGGCCAGCCUCAAGCUUUCAUCGGCGAUCAGAAGCCGUUCGCAGACCAAGAGGAUGCAGAUAUGGAAGAUGCAAUGCCGCUUGAAGAUGAUGUCUCCGACACCUCCUCGGUCGCCGACGUGGAGACGCAACUUGAGCUCACACACCUCACUCCCUCCACCAUGCCCGCGUCUUCUGCCCGGUCCCUCUGGCUCGCACACGAAAGCGCCACACAUGCCCUCUCCCAGCAGCUCACCGAGCACCUCCGUCUGAUCCUCGCCCCCACGCUCGCCACCAAACUGCGAGGAGAUUUCCGCACAGGCAAACGUCUCAACCUCAAGAGGAUCAUCCCGUACAUCGCUUCAGGGUACAAGAGAGACAAGAUCUGGCUGCGACGAAGCCAACCCAGCAAGCGAAGCUACCAAGUCCUCAUCGCGCUCGACGACUCCAAAUCCAUGGCCGAGUCGGGCGCCAGCAACCUCGCACUUAAGACCUUGACGCUGGUAACGAGGAGUCUAGCCAUGCUGGAAGUCGGCGAAGUAGGCGUAGUCGGCUUCGGCGACGAAGUCAACGUCGCCCACGACUUCGACAAGCCCUUCACGUCCGAGUCCGGCGUCCGCGUCUUCGAGCAAUUCGGCUUCGAAGCCAAGAAGACCAACGUCCGCGGCCUUGUAGACAGGAGUCUCGAACUCUUCUCCGAGGCACGACGCAAGGGCUCGAGUUCUGCGGGCGAGGACCUGUGGCAGCUCAUGAUUGUCGUGAGUGACGGCAUCUGCGAUUCCCACGCUGAGAUCCAGAGGCUGGUCCGCAAGGCGCAGGAGGAGCGCGUCAUGAUUGUUUUUGUCAUCAUCGACUCGAGUGCGUCGGCGCCGGCUGCUGCGCCGGUUCCCACGCCGUCUGUGCAUCCUGCUGCGCAGCCUCAGGGGGUUGAUGUCUCGGAGGUGAAGGAACCGGAGAAGAAGAAGGAGCAGGAUAAGACUUCUAUUCUUGACCUGCAGUCUGUGGAGAUUACGCCUGAGGGAAAGGUCGUCAGGUGGAAGUAUAUGGAGCGCUUCCCGUUUAGGUAUUACCUCGUUGUCAGGGAUGUUAGGGAGUUGCCGGGUGUGCUUGCGGGCGCGUUGAGGCAGUGGUUUGGGGAGGUUGCUGGGAGCGCGUAGAUUAGGGUGUUGGAGGCGUUUUGGAACUGGGGAAAUGGAAAAUUUUACUUGUGGUUCAGUGUGUUCUUCAUGAUAUUGAAGUCUCUUGACAGCUUGAUUGGUACAUAGACCAAGCUUCACC